CAGUCCCCCAGCGAGUGGAGGCCUCCGGGAGGCCGCAAACGCCCGGAAUCCAAAGUCAAGGUCUGAGUUUCCGCCCGGCGGGUUCCGCAGGGUGCUCCCGGAAGGUGCGCUUGCUGCCCGGAUAACGGGCUCUGGCGGCGGCGGCAGCGGCGGCACCGUUAUGGACCUGGAGGAGACGAAAGAGUUCAAAGAACGAUGUACUCAGUGUGCUUCAGUCUCUUGGGGGCUUACUGAUGAAGGCAAAUAUUAUUGCACUUCUUGCCAUAAUGUUACAGAAAGAUCUAAGGAAGUUAUAAACACUGAGGCCAUUCCUAAUACUCAACUAAAAUCCAUCAACCGGGGACUUAAAAGAAAAAGAAAACUUGAGAAAGGCUGGGAUUGGUAUGUGUGUGAAGGUUUUCAGCACAUACUUUACCAACAAGCAGAAGCCUUAAAGACCCUUGGAGUAAGCCCAGAAUUAAAGGAUGAAGUUUUACAUAAUUUCUGGAAGCGCUACCUUCAGAAGAGCAAGCAGGCCUAUUGUAAAAAUCCAGUGUAUACCAGUAGAAGAAAAGCUACAGUAUCAGAAGAUAAUCUAAGUCAAUCAGACUGGGAGAGUGAGCCUCAACUGUUAAGUGACUUCAGCUAUCCUUCUUUAGUUGAAAGUGGAGCAGAGUCUCAGUCAGAUAUCCACACUCAAAAGUCUUUCCUCUUCAGUAAAGCAUCACAAUCAGAAACAAUAUCCCUCUGUUCUGGAUCUCUUGAUGGAGUCGAAUAUUCACUACGAAAGGAGAAAGGAAUUGUGAAGAUGACUGUGCCAAGGACACUUGCUUUCUGCUACCUGUCAUUACUUUGGCAGAGAGAGACAAUUACGCUUUCAGAUCUUUUGCGAUUUGUAGAAGAGGACCAUAUUCCUUACCUAAACGCUUUUCAGCGUUUUCCAGAAGAGAUGAAAUUAUAUGGGCGUGACAAAGGAAUCUUUGCUAUAGAGUCUUGGCCUAACUAUAUGGAUAUCUAUAAAAAAACUAUUGAAAUUGCCACAUUUUUAGAUCUGCCACGUUUUCCAGACAUAACUGAAGACUGCUUUCUUCAUCCAAACAUCUUGUGUAUGAAAUACUUGAUGGAAGUCAAUCUCCCUGAUGAAAUGCACAACUUAACCUGUCAAGUGGUAAAAAUGACUGGAAUAGGAGAAGUGGAUUUUCUGACAUUUGAUCCUAUAGCUAAAAUGGCAAAAACUGUUAAAUACGACGUACAAGCUGUAGCUGUCAUUGUAGUAGUACUGAAAUUACUCUUUUUAUUGGAUGAUAAUUUGGAGUGGUCUUUGUCUAAUAUUGCUGAGAAAUAUAAUAAAAAGAACAAAGAAGAUAAACCAUGGUUUGAUUUCAGAAAAUGGUACCAUGUUAUGAAGAAAUCUAUUGAUGAGAAAAAACAAAAAUGGGAAGAAGCCCGUGCAAAGUAUUUUUGGAAAAGCGAAAAGCCAGUGUACCACUCAUCCAUUGACAGAUCAGUAGUUUAUAAAAGAAGAGAAAUGGUGGUGAAUCUACAAAAACAGUUUAGCACACUGGUUGACUCAGCACCAGCUGUUGAAAAAAAAAGCCCUUCGAGUUUUCAGUUCAACUGGACUGAAGAAGACACUGAUAGAACUUGCUUCCACGGCCAUAGCCUCCAGGGAGUCCUGCAGAAGAAAGGCCAGUCACUGACAACCAAGAAUGCACUGUACUGGCUCAGUACACAGAAGUUCUGUAAAAGCUAUUGUAAACAUGUGACAACCUAUGAAGAAUCAAAUUUCUCUCUGAGUUAUCAGUUCAUACUAAAUCUCUUCUCCUUCCUGCUAAGAAUAAAGACUUCCUUUCUUCAUGAAGAAGUGAGCUUAAUUGAAAAGAGACUUUUUAAAGCAAAAUACAAAAAAAAAAAAGUAAAACCUUCAAGAUCCAGGAAAGUGAGAAAAUACUGUGAAAAAUGAAGUAGAAACUUUCUUGGGAAAAUAUUUUAAUAGUGACGGUAAUGUCAAAUUAUAAUAUAACAUUCCAGAGAAUUAUGGAAAAUUGAAUUUUCUUUAUACCUACAUGCACAGACAUACACAUACAUGUAUCAAAUGUGCUUGUAAAAAUGUAUAUUGGAAAACAAGUGAACUUUGUUCGAAUUUAUUUUUUAAACUGUGAAUGUUCUUUGAGAAAAUUAAAACAAAAAGUUUUACAAAUGGUA